AUGCCUAUAGAAGAAGGCGUUAGCGGAGAAGGAGGCGGUGGCGGUAGCGGUGGCACAAUGUCUCCAGAACGUAGGCUUCGUACGACAACAGAAUCGCGAGAUCCAUCGAUGCCAUCAUCGUCAUCGUCGUCGUCGUCGUCGUCAUCGUCAUCAUCAUUAGAUAACACGACACUAGCUUCAUAUCAUCAACAUUUGGCUGCACUAGGUGGUAGUUUGCUAGGUCAUCACGCUCGAGAAUCAUCGGCAUUUGUACCGGUUGUACCGUCUCGAUCUCUUCAUUUAGUUCCUUUCGAAGAUGGCGGAGGAAGAAAAAUGGAUAUUGCCACUAUGAUGGCGGAUAAACGUAAAGAAAUGGUUUUGAGAGAGGAAGCUGCGUGCGUUGCAGCAGCACACGCUGCUGCCGCCAUGUUCAGAGCUCCUCCUCAACCCUACGGACCACCGGGAAUAUUUCCUACUCCCGGUUUGGCAUCGGUUGUUUUCCCUCAUCCGCAUUUGGAUCGAAGACUCCUCCGUGCUCCCGGUCGUGCUUCCCGUCCUAAAAAACAAUUUAUCUGCAAGUUUUGCAAUCGGCAGUUUACAAAAUCCUACAAUUUGCUCAUACACGAAAGAACUCACACGGACGAAAGGCCCUAUUCAUGUGAUAUUUGCAACAAAGCGUUCAGACGUCAGGAUCAUCUCAGAGAUCACAGGUACAUACACAGCAAGGAAAAACCAUUCAAAUGCGGCGAAUGUGGAAAAGGUUUUUGCCAAUCCAGAACUUUGGCGGUACAUAAAAUCCUUCACAUGGAAGAAUCCCCUCAUAAAUGUCCCGUAUGCAGUAGGAGUUUUAAUCAAAGAUCAAAUUUGAAAACUCAUUUGCUCACACACACGGAUCACAAACCAUACGAAUGCGGUUCUUGCGGUAAAGUUUUCCGAAGGAAUUGCGAUUUGAGACGACACGCAUUGACACACGCAGUGGGAGACGUGCCCCCCGAAGUACUCGCAGAAACCGAAAGUGAAAGAUCUCCAAGUCGAGAUUCGACAGAACGACGUCGUUCAAUAUCUCCAAAUUCAACACAGUGUCAUCAUUCGGAUCCCGAGGGUGGAGUAGGAGGAAGUACAUCAUCGUCUUAUACUAUGAGACCUACGACAACAGCAGAACCUCGUCCGCAAUUACAAGUAAGACGAGAUUUACACGAUAGAUCUCCCGGACCGACACAAUUUUCUCUGUCGAUCGGAAAAUUUAGAAGGCAUCAACAACAACAACCACCACCACCACCGCCGACGCAGACGCAACCACCACCACCACCGCCGACGCAGACGCAACCACCACACGUUUUUGGUAGCGGGGGUAUAAUAUCACGAAAAUUAUCAUCAUCAUCAUCAUUUUCAUUUCCAUCAACGAGUGGUGUGAUGUCGAAUCAACCCGACGAUUUAUCAUCAUCAUCAUCGUCGUCGUCGUCGUCGGCCGUACGUCCGACGGAAUUAAAAUUAAAAUCAAAUUAUACAAAUUAUAAAAAAAUAAAUUAUCGUUCGAGAUCAAACGAUAUUUACGUUGGGGACGAGAUAAUCGAUCCGGGAGAAAAUAUACAAAAUCCGGAACAACAUUUAUUUACAAAACGUCCGAUACCGCCGGAACCACCAGAUCAAGAAGAUCAUUUAACAAUAUAUCAUCAUCAUCAUCAUCCGUCGGCAAAUUCCGCGGAUUCUUAUCCACCACCGCCACCUAUUAACCACGAUGUGACGUCAGAAUUCGAUUCCGACGAACCUUUAUCCCUUAGCCGGAAAUCAACAAUCACAACACAAGUCUCUCCUUCUUCCACGACGGUUGUAAAACCUCAUUCAAAUUCUCCCAAAUCAUCAUCACCACCGAAAUUAUUUACAACUACGAAUUUAGUUGAACCGAUUCCGGGUACGUCUUCUACUACGUCAUCAUCAUCAUCUUCUUCUUCUUCCACGACUCCGAGACCUCCGGCUAAAAGAAAAGGAUUUAGUAUUGAAGAUAUUAUGAGACGCUGA